CGCUGCGCAACUGCACAUUACAUUGGUGUUAUCGAUAACUGUAACAAUCGAUACAUCUAUUGUUUAUUCUGGGCGCAAUUCAAGUUCAAUUUUUGUAUGUACAUUUAAUCAUGGAGUCGCGCCAAUUGCACUCCGCCGUGUUUGGCGUAUGCGGCUUCGAGGAUGAGACCCUGGUGGAGAUCUCCGGGCCGGGAAACAGCGGCAAGAGUCUGCUGCUCCAGCAACUGAUGGCCCACUGUUUGGCGCCCUACGAAUUCGGUGGCCGCCAGUGGAGCGUCCUUUUGAUCAACCUGAGCCACAAAAUUAACCGGGAAUCCCUCACAAAGUGCAUAAAAACGGAGCUGCUGGCGUUUUCCGCGGGAGCGGAAGCAGGGGAAUCUCCGCCGGAGGAAGAGCUGGCCAAGAUUGCCGGAGAAUGCGUAGGUCGCGUGCGAUUCCUCAACUGUUUCUCCACCGAGGACGUUUCCACUGCCCUAAUCGACGCCCGCUAUGCGAUCGUCCAUGAUCCCGGCGUGCAACUGGUUGCCCUCGACACACUCGGUGAAUUCUACUGGCUGGACUUCCCCAAGAGAACCGAGAAGUUGUCCAUGUUCCGGCACUACCGCCAGUGGCAGGCGCGUCUCGAGAGGCUCUGCAAGGAGGCCAUCGUCUGCGGCAUGUACACGGUGGACUCUGCUCACCUGGAGAACCGGUAUGCUCAUGGUGAACAACUGCCGGGGGUCAAAAUAAGCUACCCAGUCAGGAUGGAAAAGGUUCAAGGGUGUCUCACUCUGAAUGGAUUGCCCCUCGCCUUUAGCAAUGGUGGGCUUAAAUUAGCUAGCCAACAAGUAAGAGGAUAAAAUUGAUCACUAUUUCUAUUUACUAACGAUACCCACAAAUGUUAGUACCAAUCAGAAGAUACAUAGCUAGCCAUUACAACGAUUUACUUGAAUAAUUUCCCUAUAUCAUACUUUUAAAGAUAUCACUCUGUUAGGACAACUAAAAUUCAGAUGAAUCCGAAAUCUAGAAGAUUGUCAAGGGAGAGAUUUUACGUUGGAUGUACAAGGUAUUCAGAGACUUAAAAUUAUUUGUAUCUAUGUAUAUCCCAAUAUCAUUUUGUAAAUUAGUUCCUCAGUUAUCUAGUUAAAAUAGCUGCCAUAUGAACUAAUGUGACGGCCUGGAAAAAUAAUCUGUAACUAGCUUAGUUAGAGAAAUGAGACAAAUGUAUUAUAAUGUUGUAAUACCUAAAAGUUAUUUAAUAUAUAAAUUAUUUGGAUAAUUUUUAAGUCAGAUAACUGUUGAAGCUAAAAGAUCUCGACAACCACAAAACCCCACUACAGGUUUUAAGAAAAGCUCGCAUUUAUGACUUAUUCCAUUCAGUAAUAUAUUUAAUAUUAUAUAUCAGUAAUAUUAUCUUAAUUAAAAAAAAUACAACAGUUCUUUAAAAUUGUGUUGAAACCUUCACUAUUUUCUUUUUUGUUUUUAAGAAGGCCAACCCUACCAGAAUUAUACUUAAAACUAAUGAUUUCUAAAAGCUAUACAUAAGUAAGGUGGUUUUGUUUAGCAGUUUUCUGUUCUUAGCUAUUUAAGAAGCAAUAUGUUUUGCAAUUUAAAAGGGCUUUUAAAGUUAUUCAUCAAUUUAGUUUGGUAGUGCUUAAAAGCCGGUAAAAUAGUAAAAAUUAUUAAAUAGAAUCAUUAAUUUAAAUGUAAUUUCAAUAAAUAAUUAUUUGUUUAAA